GAUACAUCUUCAAAUUUCUCCAUCCGACGUCCAUCCGCCUUUCUUUUCCGUCUACCCGCGCUCGUUUCCUCUCCACUAGGGCCAGGAAACCUGUAUCCGGCCUUGAAGGCCUUUGCUUCCCUUAACUGCAAGGAUCACCACUGUACACCUGUUCAUUGGGGGACGGGUCAGGGGUUUAUUUACCUCUGGACUCUCCGUCUCCAACAGCAGGGAGAGGCAGCUCUCUAUCGGGCUCCCGACACACAUGUUGGCUGCGUUGGAGAUAUGAACAGGCACUACGCCUUUACCAAUGGCUAUACCGCUUACCCUCACGGGGAAAGCGGUACUUUUUCUAUAUCUCCUCACAGAUUCCAACCAAGGUCACAACCAGCCCUUCGGCGAAGAAGACAAUUAAUACAACGUUUGUUCAUCAUCGGCGGGCUCUCGAUAUGUAUUUUGACUUUGUUCUUUCCCUCCUGGCGAGCUACGAUUUUCGGCACAUUAACUCUUGGCCUCCUUUCCGCGAAUGAUGAUUUCCAACUCGAAACUGUGCGAUACUACGAUCUCACCAACGCCCAGGGCACGGCGCGAGGAUGGGAGCGGGAAGAGCGAAUUCUUCUCUGCACACCGCUCCGUGAUGCCGCUACACACUUACCGAUGUUCUUCUCACACCUUCGCAACUUCACCUACCCUCAUCAUCUUAUAGAUCUUGCUUUUCUCGUCUCAGACUCCAAAGAUGAGACCUCGUCCCUCCUCACUCAAAUGCUCAAGGAUCUUCAAGAUGAUCCUGACCCCAAGAUGCCCUAUGGAGAAGUUUCAGUUAUAGAGAAAGAUUUUGGACAGAAGGUGAAUCAGGACGUGGAGAGUAGACAUGGUUUUGCCGCACAGGCCUCGAGAAGAAAAUUGAUGGCCCAAGCAAGAAACUGGUUGUUGAGCGCUACGUUGCGACCGAACCACAGCUGGGUAUAUUGGCGAGAUGCUGACGUUGAAACUGCCCCCUUUACUAUCUUGGAAGAUCUCAUGAGGCAUAACAAGGAUGUCAUAGUUCCAAAUGUCUGGCGCCCUCUUCCUGACUGGCUUGGUGGGGAACAGCCGUACGACUUGAACUCAUGGCAAGAAUCCGAAACCGCUCUCGCUUUAGCGGACACCCUCGACGAAGAUGCCGUGAUUGUAGAGGGCUAUGCGGAAUACGCGACGUGGCGGCCACAUUUGGCCUAUUUGCGGGAUCCAUAUGGCGAUCCAGAUAUGGAAAUGGAAAUUGAUGGCGUUGGGGGAGUCAGUAUUCUAGCGAAAGCUAGAGUUUUCCGCUCCGGAGUGCAUUUUCCUGCCUUCAGCUUUGAGAAACACGCGGAAACCGAGGCUUUUGGGAAGAUGGCAAAGCGAAUGAAGUUUUCUGUUGUUGGGUUGCCCCAUUAUACAAUCUGGCAUCUUUACGAGCCAAGUCUUGAUGACAUACGACAUAUGGAGGAAAUGGAGAAAGAACGCUUGCAACGAGAGGCCGAGGAAAAGGAAAAGGCCGAACGGACAAAGCGAAUCAAGGAGGAAUUUAAAGACACAAAGGCUCAAUGGGAAAAGGACGGAGCAGCCAUUCAAGAUAUGAUGCAGAAGGAUCAAAAACAACAGCAACAGCAGAAACAAGGAGAAGCCACACAGAAACAAGGAAGCAAAGCUGAAUCCUCUCCUGACUCCAAAACCCCAUCAGACAAGUCAAAUUAAUGAAGAUUAAGCGGUUUUAAUACUAGAUUAUCUCGAUACUCCUCUUCGAUCUUCCUAAUUUAACACAUAUUUAGACUCUUAAGUGGCGAUGCGACGGGAAAGGCUUUCUUGACUGUAAUACUUGGUUUAUGACAGUUUUCUUCGCUGGCCUAGCAAUCUGUUUUAGCUGGAGUUCGAUCUAGAAGUGAUAUCAUUUUUCGCUGACGAAAGGGAAAAGCUCAAAGCAAGAAGAGAAGCUAUUUGGUUUUCGCCGUACGAUUACUUUCUAUUCAUCGUCUUUGAGCUGGCUUUCAUUCAUCUAUGCUUUGACAACUUUCUCACGG